AUGGCUGUUCUCAGACUACGGCCCCUGUUGGCGGUGGCCGCGCUAGCGUUGGUGCCAUAUGCGCAAUCAAUUGGCUCUCGAGAUCAACCGCUGAAGACACAAGAAGAGCAGAAGCAAGGCAAACUGACGAUAAACGCGCUCUCAGAGGACAUCAAAUCUCGGUUCGACAGAAUCUUCAGCGACAAUGCACUUCUGCUUGAGUCCGUCCCGAAAGCAGAAUGGGGGACUUUGAAACGAGAAUGGGAUUCCGCAAUUGAAGAAUUCGGAUCGAAGGCAAAAGCGAAAAGAGAGGAACUCCUCGGUUCCAUCCUUCAGGCGGAGGAUCUGAAGGGAUUGCUAGGGGAACACCAGUUAGAGGACCUGCUGGAACGAUUUGGACUGCCAGCGCUUCUCAAUGGCGAACACGCUGGCCUUGCAAAUCUAGACGGAGAAGAGAAUCAAUUCGCUGCCGCUCUCGGAAGACAAGCAAACCGGGAGCGUGUGUCUACUUUAAUGAGGGCAUAUCAGAAGAGCAUCGUGGACCUCAAAGAAAACCUCAAGAAAAGGCUCGCAACGAAGGAUAGUCUCCAGAAUGCCGCCGUUUCAGCAAGAUUCAACAAACUACUAGAUGACAUCAGCUCCUCUCCCGUCAUGGGAGCGAAUACGCCACCGAGCCCCAGGCGACUUGGGGUUAUGAGCUUCCUGGAGAAGGCGAAAGAACGCCUGAAACUGACAACGUCGACCGCGAAGGACUCCUCAAGGAUUGCAGACUUCGAAAAUAGCAUUGAGGAACUCAAAGCGCAAAUCGCUGAGGACGUGGCGCGCCAGCUCAGCACACGCAGAAAGCCGGUGGAUCCAGAGUCUGUCGAAGCGGUACUAAAACGUGUCGGUGUAGAGGGACUGAUGGGACCUGCCAAUGACAAGCUUCCACAGCAAGAGAGAGAGGUGCUAGAACUGGCACAAGGCAAGCGCAUUCAAAUGCAGCGAGCUAAAAUCCAUUACGAGCGUGUGGCUGGAUCCCUAAAGGACAGUCUUCUAGCCGACCAGGAGUCACCCCUGUCGCCACGCACGAAGCAACGCGUGGAGGAAAUAUACGAGGAAGGGCUUCGUGGCAAACAGGGUUCCAGCCUCAGGAAGCUGUCCGAAGACAACGGAUCGCAGUCCGGUCCUGCGUCUGCAUCCCUUGCCGGCAUACAAAGAAAGGGGCCGAUAGAGAUUGGCACGCCUUUCAGUGUGACACCUGGCAUUGCUGAGGCCCUGCAGAACUUUGAGGAGCAAGUCUCAAGGUUGAUGGACACAACGUUUUCUAACUUCAUUAAGACUGAACAGCUGCAUGGCGUGCUCACGCCGGACGCCCUCCGAGCUGCCUUCCGCAAAGUAGGGCUCAAGAACAACGCAGGGGGAGAAAUUGCCUUGAGCAACUUGAAUCGGAUCACAAGCUGGAACGAUUUGGGUAUCGAUCAAGUUGUGGCUGGCAGACUGCAGAACAUCAUCGGGUUGGAGGAGUUUAUGAAUAAGCUUCAGGGGCUGCUACCCCAGAUGAACUCGAAACUCAAGGUUUUGAGUGCGGAACUGAAGCAACGGAUUGCUGCAGCGACAGAGAAACAUCUUGGGCCUGAAACCGAGGAGAGGUCUCUUGGAAACUGGUACGGCCAGGUGAUUAACCGCUUGGCACCCAGCUCGAUCCUGCAAGAGCACUCACCUGUGAAUACAGAUACGCCGUGA